CUAUUGGAAUCGCAUCUAAUUUCCAAAUCGAAUAAAUGUGUCAAAAUUCGAAUCGAAUAACGAAUAAUUCGUUAAAAACUUAAACCGGAACAAACCAAGAAGGAACGAAUCGAUAUUUGUUCAAAAAUAACCGGAAUGGGAGAUUCAUCUAUUCGAACCUUGAAAUUGAAUGGGCACGUGGGUUUUGACACGUUCCCCGAACAGUUGGUAUCCAAAUCAAUUAGACAGGGAUUCAUAUUCAACAUUUUAUGUAUAGGCGAAACUGGCCUAGGAAAAUCCACUCUCAUGGAUUCCUUAUUCAAUACAUCGUUCGAUUCGUUGCCCAGCCCUCAUAACUUGCUCCAGGUAUCGCUGCAAUCAAAAACAUACGAAUUAAGGGAAGGCAACGUCAACCUCAAGCUCACCAUAGUUGACACUGUCGGCUACGGGGACCAAAUCAACAAGGAGGAAAGCUGGAAACCUAUCAUUCAAUACAUCGAUGAUCAGUUCGAGAAUUAUCUGCAAGAGGAACUCAAGAUUAAACGUUCCCUACAUAAUUAUCAUGACUCGAGGAUACACUGUUGUCUCUACUUCAUUUCUCCCACUGGACACUCUCUCAAAGCCUUAGACCUCAAGGUAAUGCGUGGACUGGACACUAAGGUCAACGUGGUUCCAAUAGUGUCCAAGGCGGACACGGUGUCUAAGGUCGAACUCACCCGAUUCAAAUGCCGAAUCAUGAACGAGCUCAAGUCGGCCGGCGUCAAAAUUUACCGUUUUCCUUUAGGAGGCGGACCGUUUGAUGACUUUAAUGAGGUAUUGGACGGGCCCGAACGAACCGGGUUGGAUCGCUAUAAUUGCGGGUCUUUGGUCGGAGACAACAAGAUGGAUGGAGGCAAACUAAGCUCGGAUAACGAAACUUCUGGAGGGGACGAUAUGAAUAAUUUACUUCCAUUCGCUGUCGUCGGUAGCACUGACUUCGUCAAGAUUGGUAAUAAAAUGGUUAGAGCUCGCCAAUAUCCAUGGGGCAUCGUUCAGGUUGAAAACGAAUCACAUUGCGAUUUCGUGAAGCUCCGUGAGAUGUUAAUCAGAACUAAUAUGGAGGACAUGAUAGAGAAGACCCACAGCUCACAUUACCAGCUCUACAGACUAAAGAGAUUGGAAAAUAUGGGGUUGAAAGAUAACGUCGACUCAGCAAGCCCUAACAAUAAUGGGGGGCCCUCAUCACUGCUCACCUUACAGGAGGGCUACCAGAAUAAACGCCAAGAACUGCUAACUGAAAUCAAAAAAAGAGAAGAGGAAUUGAGAAAAUGCUUUGUUCAGAGGGUAAAGGAUAAGGAACAAGAACUCAAAGAAUCCGAAAAAGAGCUUUACGUCAAGUUCGAAAAUUUGAAGAAAAUGCAUAGCGAGGAAAAAAGAAAGUUGGAAGACAAGAAAAAAUCAUUGGAUCAAGAUAUCGAAGGUCUGAUGCGCCGCAAACAACAAGCCCAAUCAUCUACCAUGAAGAAGAAAAAAUCCUUCAUGUAAAUCCUUCCAAGACAAAAAAAAUAUCUACCACUUUUCCAAUCUCAUUCUUCCAAAGAACUCAAGGAAAUUGAGAGAUUCACUCGUUUAACUAUAUUUUAACACAGAUUCAAUAAUCAGAUAUUCUUUUUAUUUUAUCCUUUUUAUUAAUCUCAUUUUCGAUAAUAUGAAAACAAUCAAUAUACUUAUAAAAUUUACUUAUAUAUCUUUUGAAGAGUUGGGGUUAGUAUAUAUUUUUUUAGUAUUAUUCUCAUUUUCUGUAACAUCUUUGUUUGAAAACAAUCAAUAAACUCUUUUCAUGUUUAUGCAACUUUUUGACUAAUAUAUUAUGUACCAAGCACACGGUAUUGCAUUUAUACAACAUUAGUUUAGAAUUGUAUCGAGUUUUGAAUGUUUUAUGUAUUAUAACUUGCGUUCUUUUGGCGAAUAUUUUUUAUAUAUUAUAUAUUGUUAUAAUAAUAUUUAAAUAUUUUCCAGUAUGCAUUUGUUUUACUAUUUAUUCUACAGGAAUAUUUUUUUUAAAUGGUCCUCCUUUAUGCCACAUUUUAAUUUUUUGUUAUCAAUUUUUACCAACCUUCCUUAAAUUUCUUAUAUCUUAUUUAUAUAAUACAAUAUACCAUAUUUAUGUUUGCUAUGAAUAUAUAUAUAAAAUUAUACAAAUUUCUUUAUGUUUUGUUAAAGUUUAAAUUGAUAUUCAAUUUUUAGACUUGUUAAAAUUUACAAUU